AUGUGGCCUGGUUCCGCCGCGAUGGGUGAUAAAGAAUUUCAUAUAGCUGAUUUACUACCGGCUGGAUGCACAUAUAACGUACCUCCGAUGUUGCGCAAAGACAACCAAUUUACUAUUGCGCAAAAUCUAGAAACGAUUGAGAUUGCAUCUUCGGCUAAACUGUUCAGGAUGUUGGCGCAGGAGUAUAUCACCCAUAGUGAGGAGGGAUCCAGGGUUAUAAACAGAACGUAG